UGCUCGCCCACCGAGAGGAACAACAAUAAACAUAUUAAACAGAGGAAGCUUAUGCUUAUACUUCCAAGUACCAAUACAGAUUGCUGCACAUCGAAGGCUGCUGGCUACUAAAGUGGGAGGGAGGUUUACUCAUCUGGGACAUGCUUGUCCUGCGCCACCAGUGCCGCCUCCUCUCCGCCGCCUUCGCCCUCCUCUUGUUCGCCGCCGCAGCUCUUGGGGUUGUAUUCGUGGGAAUCGAUCAGGAAGUGGAAGAAAGGCGGCUGGGAUCACCGGAACAAGAGCACUGGGAGCGACUCGUCGGCCCUGGCUCGUCCCCUCCAUCGUGCCGCGCCCGGUGCGGCCGGUGCUUCCCCUGCCAGCCCGUGCGCGUCGUGAUCCAGCCGGGCCAGAGCGUGCCGCAAGACUACUACCCCGAGGCCUGGCGAUGCAGGUGCGGCAACAAGCUCUUCGUGCCCUGAGACCAGACAUAAAGAAGCCGUUCUCACAGAAAGAGAGAUAGAAAGAGACUCCGAUCGAAGUUUUGGUUUCUGACAAGUCCUGCUGCAAGAUUUGUUAUGCAUCCAUUAAGAGUUCAUGAAUCGGUCUUUGUCGUGUGGGCACAGACAUACAUGUAACUGUUGUUGUUUUUCCUAUAUUUUCAGUCAAGAUGCCAGCUCUUUUGGGGCUUGAUUGUUGAUGUUUGGCGUGCAUACUGUAGUAUGUCUCGUUAAGGAGGAGAAGCCGAAAGCUGAGUGCUGAAUGCGAUGUCACAGGAGUCGGUCAAGAUACACGUUCCCAGCUUCGGAAUGCACAGUUGAUAAUUCUUAUCAUCUUGAGAUAUUACUUGUUAUACAGUCCAUGUUACUUAAAUAACAUUGUCAUCUUCCAUGA